AUGUUGUGUUGUGGAAAAUGAUUGGAACAGUGACACGUGACAGAAGGAAGCAAAAACUGGGCUAGAUAGUCCGGCCCAGAUGGCCCAAUAAUAAAGGCCCAUUUGAAGUUCCAUGAUCUUCUCCGCGUGACCACCGCAGUUUCUUCAACUGCCACAGCUUGUCAGCUUCUCUCGCUCUCUCUCUCCUCAUCGUUGAUCGUGUUUUCUUUUUGAUUCGGCCAACAAACGCUUUUUCUGUAAUCGUUUUUUGUGUCAGAGGCAGAGGCACUUCGAUUUUCCCCUCCCUCCUUUCUCUUCCUUUUUUUCCUUUCCCACCAAGCAAUCCUCUCCCAUGUUCUCAGUUUCCCAGCCGCGUUUCACUGCUUUCCGACUCUGCCUUCUCCGGCGGCAAGCUUCAUAUGCAGAGCGACUUGGAUAUGGCCUCGGCUUCUCUCUCUAACCAACUCAACGACCUCGAUUUGUUACUCAGAUCUGGGGUUCUCUACCAAUCGAACGCGCUAGUGCUGUCCCAGCCGGCUCCCGGUUCGAAUAAAGACGAUACGGAGUUUUUCAUCAGAGAUCUUUUCACGCGGCUGCAAAUCGGGGGGACGGAGUUCAAGAAGAAGGCUCUGGAAUCUCUGGUUCAGCUUCUGAACCAGGAUGAGAAGUCUGCGGGUUUAGUUGCCAAAGAGGGGAACGUUGGGUAUUUGGUUCACUUGCUCGAUUUCAACGCUCAGCCGUCUGUGCGAGAGCUAGCGGCUUCUGCGGUUUCAGUUCUCUCCACGGCGAGCGAUGAAUCGAGGAAAAGAGUGUUCGAAGAAGGAGGAUUAGGGCCAUUGUUGAGGAUUCUUGAAACAGGAUCAAUGCAUCUGAAGGAAAAAGCCGCCGCCGCCGUCGAAGCCAUUACCAUUGACCCGGAAAAUGCUUGGGCGGUUUCCGCUUACGGAGGCGUAGCGAUCUUGAUCGAGGCCUGCCGAUCAGGCACCCCACCGGUGCAGGCUCCAGCGGUCGGUGCGAUUAGGAAUGUCACGGCGGUGGAAGAUAUCAAAACCUCUCUCGUCGAGGAAGGGGCGGUUCCAGUAUUGUUACAGUUGCUAGUUUCAAGCACGAUGGCGACUCAAGAAAAGGCAGCAAUCUGUAUAGCAGUAUUGGCCUCCUCCGGUGAUUAUUUCCGAUCACUGAUAAUCCAAGAACGAGGAUUACCUAGAUUAUUACAUUUGAUCCACGACUCACCGAGUUCAGAUACGAUCGAAAACGCGUUGCGAGCCCUAAGUUCUCUCUCGGUUUCCGAUUCAGUUGCUCGGAUUCUAUCGUCUUCAACAUUAUUCGUAAUGAAACUCGGCGAAUUGGUGAAGCACGGAAACCUAAUGCUGCAGCAAAUCGCCGCUUCUCUGCUCGCUAAUUUAUCAAUCAGCGACGGGAAUAAGCGAGCUAUUUGGAGUUGUAUGGCUUCCUUGGUGAAGCUAAUGGAGAUGCCGAAGCCGGCCGGAGUUCAGGAGGUGGCGGUGCAAGCCCUUGCGUCACUCUUGACCGUCCGAUCAAAUCGGAAGGAGUUGAUGAGGGACGAGAAGAGCGUGAUGAGAUUGAUGCAGAUGCUAGAUCCGAGAAACGAGGUCGUCGUUAAGACGUUUCCGAUAGCGAUCGUCUCGGCAGUACUCGCCGGAGGAAGCAACGGUUGCCGGAAGCGACUUAUAGAUGCCGGAGCUUACCAGAACCUACAGAAGCUCUCCGAUAUGAACGUCGUCGGAGCUAAAAAGGCGUUGCAGCGGCUCACCGGCAAUCGGCUGAGAAGCAUCUUCAGCAGGACCUGGAGGGAAUAACGCAAAAGAAACUAACCCCCGCCGUCAAAGGAAUCUGGAGGAGUUCGUUUGGAUUUUUCUAACCGCUGAAGACUGAGAGAAGAAGUUACAACUACACAUGACCAAACCCAACCGUAUACUCCAACAACUAUUUAUUUUCAACUCCGUAGUAUAUUGUCGUUUUUUAUUAAUAUUUUUACCCUUCUGUUAAUGUUUAGACAAAAAGGGGAAAAAAAAAGGAGGAAAGAAAGAAAAGCACGGAUGCGGGUUUUAGGGAGUAUCCUGGUAUGCUUUUUUGCUUAUAUUAUUAAUUUAAUUUCACUGAUGAGGGAUAUAAGUGAGAUGUCUCAUGCCCAUGAUUGUCAUUUUGUUUGAUUGUGUAAAUUUCAGGUGAGUUUCUUUAUUAUUUUAUUGAAAAAAAAAAGAAGAAAGUUAUGUAAUGGGAAGAAUUUAUUUUUAUUAUUUAGGAAGUUAGUGAAAAGAGUGGAGGUGGUUUUGUGUAUACUUUUUUGACCAACAAAUGUGUCGGAUUGUGAAU